AUGGAGAUGUUCCAGAGCAUCUUUGCUCAGUUCCAGUUCAGCAGCGAGCGCGUGCUGCCGUCGGACGCGCUGCGCAGCGCCCUGGCCAAGACCUUCCAGGACGAGCAGCGCUUCCAGCUCGGCAUCAUGGACGACGCCGCAGAGUGCUUCGAGAAUCUUCUGAUGCGGAUCCACUUCCACAUCAGUGCCGAGAGCAGGGAGGACAUCUGCACGGCCAAACACUGCAUACCACACCAGAAGUUUGCCAUGACUCUCUUUGAGCAGUGUGUGUGUAACAGCUGUGGAGCAACAUCGGACCCCCUGCCCUUCAUUCAGAUGGUUCAUUACAUCUCCACUACAUCCCUCUGUAACCAGGCGGUGCGAAUGCUGGAGUGCAGAGAGAAGCCCACGCCGGACAUGUUCGGAGAGCUGCUCCGGAACGCCAGCAACAUGGGAGACCUGCGCAACUGCCCUAGUAACUGUGGCGAGGUGCUGCGUAUCCGGCGGGUGCUGAUGAACUCCCCGGAGAUCGUGAGCAUCGGGCUGGUGUGGGACUCGGACCACUCGGACCUGGCCGAGGACGUCAUCCACAGCCUGGGGACCUGCCUGCGCCUGGGCGACCUGUUCUACCGUGUGACGGAGGAGAGGGCUCGGCAGGCAGAGCUCUACCUGGUCGGCAUGGUGUGCUACUACGGCAAGCACUACUCCACCUUCUUCUUCCAGACGAAGAUACGCAAGUGGAUGUACUUCGACGACGCGCACGUCAAAGAGAUUGGCCCUAAGUGGAAGGACGUGGUGUCUCGCUGCAUCAAGGGCCACUACCAACCCCUGCUGCUGCUCUACGCUGACCCCCGAGGGACGCCGGUGGUAUCGCAGGACGGCUGCGGCGGCGGCGCUGCCUGUGGCUCCAACCCCCAGCUGGACCUCCAGCACUGCAGCAGGGCCGGCUACGACAGCGAGGACUCUGGUCGUGAACCGUCCAUCUCCAGCGACACACGGACCGACUCGUCCACGGACAGCUCCAGCCACCGGGUGUCCAGGACACGGCCCCUCCACCAAUCCACAGGCAGCCACCUCUCCAGCGAAUCACAGGCCACCGUGGUGUGUGGCCACGAGAGUGGAGCGUCCCCUCUGAGCAGUGACACCGCAGAGUCUGCAGUGGAAGGUCCGGCUCGCCCGCCAUCUCCUCCCUCGCAGGAGUACAAGGAGACGGCGGUGUUCCUCCUCUCCUCCCGGCGGCCCCUCACCUCCUCCUCCUCCUCCUCGCGCCCGCUCUCCUCCUCCUCUUCGUCGGGGGUCGGGGGCUGUGAGGGAGGGGCCGGCGGCCCUCACUGGGAGGAUGAGAGCACGAGCAGCGAGAGCAAGUCCAGUUCCUCCGGGGGGCGCUACAGGCCCGCGUGGAGGCCGAGGCGAGAGGCCCUGAACAUCGACAGCAUCUUCACCCGCCAGAGAGGCGGCGUCCCUCUGGGCUACAGCACCAUCCCCGGCCCAGCUUUCUCUGACCCCGCCCUCUCUGCCGGGCCUCCCCUCCCCCCACAGCCAGGCCUGCUGCUGGGGCACGAGUUGGCGGCGGCGGCGGCGGCCGGUGGCGGAGGAGGGAGGGACAUGGGAGAAGCCAGGGUGAGUCAUGGCCUGCCAGGAUUGUCCAGUGUUCUAGGCGGUAGUAGAGCCCCAGGCCCCCAGGGGCCCACAGCGCCCGCUCCCCUCAGAGGGGUGGAGCACCAGCCGCGGCUGAUCCAGAGGAUGGAGAGCGGCUACGAGAGCAGUGAGCGGAACAGCAGCAGCCCCGACAGGGACUCCGGGCAGCAGAAGAGAGUACUGAUGUCAGGACCGUCAUGGCGUUCUGUGCCCAAGUCCAAAAGCAGUGCCGCCAUCCUGCAGGAAGUACCCAACUGGAACACUGCCACCAACGCAGGCCCUGGCCGCAGCGAGCUGGACGAGCUGCAGGAGGAGGUGGCCCGCAGGGCCCGCAUGCAGGAGCAGCAGCGCCGCCGCCAGGCCGAGAAGGAGGCCGCCCUGGGCUUCAACCCCAAACCCAGCAAGUUCAUGGACCUGGACCAACUCCAGCACCAGGCUGUGCUCAGACCCCUGCAUGAGGCUAACGCUCAUAGCGGAUUGGCUGUAGCCGCGUGCAUGAGGAGCACUGGGGGCCCAAUCAAACGCAGGCAGGAACAGGAAACGGAUCGGGAGACAGGAAGCGCGCUCCGACAGGGGCCCCGCAGUGAACAGCCUGGCCCGCUCCAAAUACUGCUGACGCCCAAUCAGGAGGAGGAGGAAGAGGAGCGGACAAUGGCCCGACGGGACGCCGCCCUGAGCCACGACUCGUCACCCCCCCCCUGCAGGCCCCCCCUCCCCCGGCCCCAGCUCACCCUCAGCAUCCCUCACCCGUGCCUCCCCACCGGCCCCGUGCAGCAGGGGGAGGGGGAGGGGGAGGGGGAGGGGGGCGGGGCCAUGGGGGUGAGGCUCUGCGAGGCGCUGCAGGCGGGGGGCGUGCGGGUGAGACCGCUGAGGAAGCACCUGGCCAUCUCCCUGCCCUCGCUGCCCCUGCGGCUCUGGGACAUGCGCCCCCCGCCGCCGCCGCCGCCGCCGCCGCCGCCGCCAGCCACCCGCCGCCACCGGCCGACGCGGAGGAGCACCCUGGCCCCGCUGUGGCAGCCCCCCGGCCCUCCCCCCCCCGCCCACGUCCCCCGCCACUGGCCGGGACCCGCCCCCAACACCAAUAGCGCGGGCGCCAGCGCCACGCGCCAUUGGUCCUCCUGGAGCCUGGACCGCCCUGACGCGGUGGUGACGCCGUACAGCACGCCGCCCGACCGCUGCGUCCCCAUCGAGCCGCCGGCCUGCAGCAGCAGCGGCCGCAACUACAGCUACAGCUGCCAGUCGUCCCCUGGACACUACAGCUCCCAGCAUGCCCCUGGCCCCUGGCACAACAACCACCCCAACUAUAAUUACAACAGCAGCCCAGCUGACCACGACGAGGCGGAGCUGUCGGAACUCGACUACCUCUACCAGUCCAGCCUGCAGGCCGGCAGAGCAGGCUGCAGCCCGUCAGAACGGCUCAUAUCCAGGAGGGGGGUGCAGGGACCUCGCUCCCAGACCCCCAACGCAGACAUGGAGAGGAGUGUGUACGGGGCAGACUGCAGUAGCACCCCCACCUACCUCACCAAGCAAAUGGUAUUGCAGGACCUGCGUUUGGGGGCGGAGCCCAGUGCCGGGGGAAAUCUGCAGCGAAUCGGACGCAGCCUGAGUGGCACAGUGGUCACCCCUCGCCGCAGCCGGCUGACUGCAACGCGCAGCUUCGAGCUGUCCAGCGAUGCAGGGAGCUUCUGGCUGUGUCUGACGGGGGUGAAGCUCCCCUCCGACCAGAGUCCUGCUCUGCUCCACUGA